AGAUCUCUAUAGCAUAUGAACCGUCUCACUCCUGCGCGGCACCACUAUGACGAUGUACAGAUCUGUGGGAGCGCGCAUGCGCCCUACAGCCAAAUAGAAGAGACUUAUGGGUACAGGAAGUCCAAAAUGGCGAUGGACGGAAUGAUGUCCACGUCCUCUGGUCUCUCUUAUCACAAUGCUGGGGACUUUUACCCCCGAAAGUUCGGCCCGAAGCCGGACGUGGUGCCGUCCGGGGUGACCGAGAGGAAGGUGGGCCCGCUGGAUAAACCUGACAUGGUGUCGGUGGACGUGAUUAACAUCAAGGAUUCAGAUGUUCCCAUGCAUAGGAAGAAGCACGAGCACGACACAUACGUCUUGGGUACCAUCCAUCCAUUCAGGAAGACACACAGAUCCAUUUUUGGGAAACUCCUGCAAGAAUUCAGGCUGGUUGCCUCAGAUAGACGGUCAUGGAGGAUCCUGCUGUUCGGAUCACUCAACCUGCUGUGUACCGGCUGUCUGCUGAUGUGGUGCAGCUCCACCAACAGCAUGGCCUUAACAGCCUACACAUACCUCACCAUCUUCGACCUCUUUAGUUUGAUCACCUGUCUCAUCAGCUCCUGGGUGACCAUGAAGAAACCCAGCCAGGUCUACUCAUUCGGGUUUGAGAGACUGGAGGUCUUGGCAGUUUUUGCCUCCACUGUUCUCGUCCAACUGGGGGCCUUGUUCAUCCUGAAAGAGAGUGUGGAGCGCUUCAUGGAGCAGCCUGAGGUCCAUACUGGUCGUCUGUUGGUCGGGACAUUCGUCGCUCUGUUCUUCAACCUGUUGACUUUGCUGUCUGUCAGGAACAAACCAUUCGCCUACGUCUCAGAAGCGGCCAGCAGCAGUUGGCUUCAGGAACAUGUGGCAGAUCUGAGCAGAAGUUUGUGUGGCAUCAUUCCAGGUCUCAGCAGUGUGCUGCUGCCUCGCAUGAACCCGUUUGUCCUGAUCAACAUGGCAGGAGCUCUGUCCCUCUGCAUCACCUACAUGCUCAUAGAAAUCAAUAACUAUAAUGCGGUGGACACAGCGUCGGCGGUCGCCAUUGCUCUCAUGACCUUUGGCACCAUGUAUCCCAUGAGCGUCUACAGUGGCAAAGUGCUGCUGCAGACCACGCCCUCCCACAUCAUUGGCCAGCUGGACAAACUGCUGAGAGAGGUGUCGACUCUGGACGGCGUGCUGGAGGUUCGCAACGAGCACUUCUGGACUGUUGGCUUCGGGUCUCUGGCCGGCUCCGCACACGUUCGUAUCCGCCGUGACGCCAACGAGCAGCUGGUUCUGGCCCACGUCACCAACCGGCUGCUGCCGCUCGUCUCCACGCUCACCGUCCAGAUCUUUAAAGAUGACUGGACUAGACCUCUCCUCACCGGGACCCUCUCCUCCUCCUCCUCCCCCUCCGCUCCCCCUCUGGGCUCUGCCGAAGGCUACGCCACCGUCUCCUCCUCCUCUCUUCCUCCUCUGCUGUUGUCCUCGGGGGGAGAGCUGGACCCGCUGACCUCCACGCCUUCCAAACCCAGCAGCCCUCCUCCAGAGUUCUCUUUCGACACGCCAGGGAGGAACGUGCAGCCCAUGGUCCUCCCUGCUCCAGGACACCACACCCACAGGCCCUAUGGAGGCCUGGGACUCACCUAUGGUGCAUCUCCCUACACGGGGAUGCUGAAUCAGGGCUUAGCGCGGCCCAGCGGUGGGCUUGGACUUGGCAUGCAGGGUCUGGGGGCUGGGUUUGGACUGGGUAUGGGCGGGAGCAGGGGUGCCUUCAUCUCAGAGUUACAGAACUGCUUUUGGGGGGUCCACAGCACCGCUUCGGUUUGGAACUAGCAACCCGCUAGCUUCACAGUACAGACAGUACCGACCCUGACUGUGCUGAAAUGAGCCUGAACUGUUUCUGUACUUUCAAAUACUUGAACGAAAACAUGAGGUGGCUGAUUCAUGAUAGAGGUCAAGUUUCUCCACACCGUAGUUCAGAUAUUUGAAACUGAUGAGAUUUAUUUCCUGCCUGGGCUGGAGAGCAGACACUGCAACAUUUCCUCCUAGUGUGACAACAACAGGACAGCUUUAGAGAACGAAGCCGAUUCUUUUCAGGUCUGGUAUAAAAUCUUAUAGUGUGAGCCUCCCCUGACUUGAAGAAGAGAAACAGAGAAGUAUGUUGUAGUAUUUAUUUUCUAACAAGGGGACCAAGAGGUUGACUGUGGUUGACUUUUUUUUUUCUUGGAACUGCCUGUGAGGUUUGAGGGUGAGAAAUCAAUGUGCCCACACAUAUUCAAACUUUUAUUAUAUAAUAUAAAAGCCUAUGAGGAGACUUUGUUGCAAACAUGGCUGAACAACAUUCCUGGGGGGAGAAAAUAAAACCUUGAAUUAAAUCAAAAUCCAGCCUGACAUUUUAAGUGUCCAAACACCAGACACCAGAGUCCAAAAUGAUUCACAGUAGAAGCUGUUUUAAAGUCAAUCACCAACAAUGGUGAUACAUGUCAAAGAGAGAUUUAUAUUUCUGAUGUGACUAUAAGGAAAAGAAUCCUGAAUGUGUGAUGGCCACAAGACCGCUCAAGAUAAACAUUAAAAUUCACCAUUUUGACUACAGAACUGCUGCUGAGGACAAACACAGUGUAUAAAACAUAACACAGUAAACAGUAUCUCACCUUGAAUAACACACAGGGUUUGAAAAACACAUCCCUGAGAAAACAUUUCACAUUGUCACACAUUUAGGGCUUGGGCUAACUAUUGCUGAUUGAUUGAUUGAUUUUACAUUCUUUGAUAUAAGAGGAAGACAUAACUCCUUUACUUCAAAUAUUAAGAAGUUAGGUAGCACUUUUGUUGCUUCCAUCCAUGUGCUCAGCAGCAGCUCUGCAGACAUCAUCUCACUCUUAACUUUCUCAUCUGCCACCUGGUCUGUCCCCUUUUCUGUUAUUCCCCCAAUUUCAGCAAAAAUCUUGGAACUUGUCGGGUGAGGAUGUGGAAUUGGACAACAAUGAAGCAGUUUUAGCACAACGUAAUGAAAUGGGGAGCCUGUUUCUUUACUCUAUUAGGAGUGAAUAUUUGACUGGGAUGUUGAUGGAUUGAUGAGUAAUAGGGGGAAUUCCAAUUUUUAUUAUUAUAAUUUUUUUUAAUCUGAACAGGGCUGGGUGUCAUUGAAACAGUUAUUCCUUGUCAUUCAUCAGCCACUGGUUUCUGGUGCCUCAGAUUUACAGAAUCAAAAAGUGCUGAUACGCAUCAAAAUUGUCACAUCAGAGCUGAGAAUAUAAUACAUAUGUAACAAUGUAACGAUGCAACUCACUGCGUUUCCGAUAACAGAGCAACCAACAUUGAUGGAUCUCAGAGCCGGUGUUGGAUUUGUAAACCACAAAACAUUGUUGUCACAAAACUCUCAGUGACUCUCAGCCCUAAUGAGUCAUAUUCCAUGUAUGUUUAUUUAAAAGGAGUGACUGCGACUUGGUUAUUAAACAGGUCAUGAACUCUCCAA